CAGUCGCAGCGCGGCGGCGCAGCUCCGGGCUUGCGCUGUAAUGCUCCAGAGUAGGGCGGCUGGGCUCGGAGGACCUCGGGGAGGGGUGGACUCAGGUCAGAGCGGUUCGAACUCCGGCUAGUGCCGCGCCUUCUCUGGCCUUCUGUCUCCUGUCUCAGCCUUCCAGGCGCCAGUGAGAGUUCCGCGUGGGCCACAACCACGCCCACCUGUCAGAACCGCGGAGAAAGGAAGUGCGUGUCUCUGCCUGAGUUCUUAGUUCGGAGUUCUGCUUGUUCCUCCCGUUUUUCUGGAACAGCGGCAGGGCUCUCCGGCCAGGGAUUCCCUUAGGCCUGGGCUUGCACCCCGGUCUCGGGGUCCAACUCCGGGCACAGUGGGGAGGGCUCGAGAGGAAGCUGACACCUGAUAUCUCAGUCCACCAUGCUCCCCAAAUCUGACGUGUUGAGUCAAGAUGAACUGCGCAAAAAGCUGUACCAGACGUUUAAGGAUCGGGGUAUACUGGACUCACUGAAGACGCAACUCCGAAACCAGCUAAUUCACGAACUGAUGCACCCUGUACUGAGUGGCGAAGUGCAGUCCCUGUCCAUCUCAGUGGAAGGGAGCUCCCUCUUAAUAGGAGCUUCCAACUCUCUAGUGGCAGAUCACUUACAGAGAUGUGGCUAUGAAUGUUCACUUUCUGUCUUCUUUCCCGAAAGUGGUUUGGCAAAAGAAAAGGUAUUUACUAUGCAGGAUCUAUUACAACUCAUUAAAAUCAACCCUGAAUCCAGUCUCUAUAAAUCACUGAUUUCAGGAUUUGAUAAAGAAAACCAUAAAGGUUUUCUCAUGGAGUUUCUGAAAGAAUUGGCAGAAUAUCAUCAGGCUAAAGAGAGUUGCAGUAUGGGAACUCAGACAAGUUCAACAUUUCCCGUCAAAGACUCCCUUGCUGAGAAGCUUCAGCUUAUUGACGACGAGUUUGCAGGUGCUUACCCUCAGCAUCCAAAGUUAGAAUCUUUAGAAAUCAAGUUAAACGAAUAUAAGAGAGAAAUUGAACAGCAGCUACGGGCAGAAAUGAGUCAAAAGUUGAAGUAUUUUAAAGAUACUGAAAUAGCGAAAAUUAAAACGGAAGAGAAAAGAAAGUGUGAGAAGGAGUUAGCUGAGUUGCGGAAUGGAUUUGAGAGAGCUUGUCAAGCAAAAUCUGAAGCCCUGAUUUCUCAGCAAAAGAUGACCCUUAAGAGAAUUCAAAAGCACCAGGAGGAUGAAACAAAAGAAAUAUAUACUCAAAGGCAGCUUCUCCUAAAAGAUAUGGAUUUUCUGAGAGACAGAGAAGCUGAGCUGAAGCAAAGAAUUGAAGCUUUUGAAUUGGCCCAGAAGCUACAAGAAGAAAAAAACAGAAGCAUGACUGACGGGCUUAGGAGGCGGGAGCUGAAUAUAAAGCGUAUUGAGGAGGCCUAUGACCAAAAGCUCGAGAAUGAACUUCUAAAGUAUCAACUUGAACUGAAGGAGGACUGCAUCGCUAGAACUAAUAGAUUGAUUGAAGAAAAAGCUCUGCAUUUCCAAGAGGAGUUUGCAACUCUUAAUUUUAAAAAGGAAGAACUGGAUCGUUCUGUAAAUCGUGUGAAAGAACUUGAGCUUGAGUUGGAGUCCGUCAGAGCUCAGUGUUUUUCAUUAACAAAGCAAAACCAUAUGCUGAGCAAGAAGGUUAAAGAGAUGAGCAACUAUUCACUACUGAAAGAAGGGAACCUGGAGCUUGAGGCGCAAAAUAAACUACUUAAACGACAACUGGAAGACGUGAAAAGUGAAAACUUGAAUCUCCUAAACCGCAUAGCUCAGCCAUCUCCUAAACUGCUGAUUUUUCAGAAAGAAUUACAGAAAGCAGAAAAUGCUAUCACCUCGGAGCAUAAGGAGUUUGCAACCCAGAAACAAGCUCUGCAACAACAACUACAAAGUGAAAUUGAGCACUGUGCCCAGCUGAAGGCCCGGAUAUUAGAAUACGAUGCUUCUGUCAAGAGGUUAACUGUGCAGGUUACCGAUUUAAAAUUGCAACUGAAACAAACUCAGAUAGCUCUGGAGAAUGAACUGUACCGCAACACGAAGCAGUCUUUGUUACAUCACUCCAUCAGUGGGUUAAUGAGUGGCAAGGAGGGACCUUGUGAUGACGACAUAAGCGGGGAUUUCUUGAAAAAUCCUCUGAGACAAGAUGAACUGAUGGCGGGCCCAGUUAUACCACAGAUCCCCAGUUACCCAAAUGCCAGCACGGAGAGUAGUUCCCCCGAUUCCGACCUUGAGUUUGUAGCCAAUACCAUGGCAAGGGUGAGAGAGCUGGAGCAAGAGGCCGAGCGCUUGGAAAAAGCUUUCCAAAACUACCAUCGAAGGGUCAGUCGGUGCCCCGCCAAGAGCCCAUCGGCAAACAGGAGCCUGCCCACCCUGCAUCUGCUGAGAGCUCUCAAGAACGUCCCUGCAGGUGCUCCUGAGAGGUGUGUGUUUGCAGAGAACAGAGUUGCCUCUCAGCAGCCUCUGUUGAAUGCGCAUAGAGGGGAUGAGAGUGAGGUAUCUGACAUGCCAGGCAGCACAGCCUCAAGGUCACACAAGGAUACGGCCUCCAGACGCCUCUCCUCCACUCCCGUCCCCAAAGCAAGGAGAAGCCUUGAUAGUGAGAUGUACCUGGAAGGUCUGGGCCAGUCCCCGGCCACUGUCCCCUGUCCCGACAGAACGCCACAGCCUUCACCUGCCGAGUCCAGGUACAGCCUCUCUGUGCACUCACUCUCCAGCCCUGCGGAGCCGAAGCCCGGUCUUUAUCAAAGAGAAACAGAACUUCAAGACAAAAGUGAAUUUUCAAAUCUGGACAAGCUAGCUUUUAAGGAUCAUGAGGAAUUUGAACCGUCUUUUGAAUAUGCAGGGAACGUACCAAGGCAGUUUGAGAUGGACGGCCUCCAUCCUGCUGGCAACGUGCCUCAUGUGGACGGUGCUGCAGCCACUGUGCCUGCCAGACGUGUCUCUUAUCAGUACCCAAGUGUAGAUCAGAAACCACUUGGAGAACAGGAGGAAGAAGAAACAAUAUGGGAACAACAAGCAAAGGAACGAAGUCAGGGAGAAGAGCAGAGGCAGAGCAGGUGGCAAGAAGCUCUGGAAAGGGAACGGCAAGAAGUAGAAAAGCUGGAUCAGGAAAGGAGGCUAAUUGAAGAAUCGUUGAAGAUGGAAAUGGAAAAAGAAUUCGAAAUGAGCAUUCAGGAAACGAAAGACAAAUCUAAAUCUGUCUGUAGUGAAAAUCCUUUAGAGAAGUACAUGAAGAUCCUCCAAUGGGGUCAAGACCGGGAUACCACAGAUAAGAGUUCAAAAAAGGUGGUCAUAGAGGACUCACAAGUGGACACACUGCCAUCUAGUGACAAAGAUGAAAGUUUGACAGGCUUUUCUCACGAGGAACCAGAUGACACUUGGUAACCGUGUUCUUGCUGUGCAGCUGCUUACUCAGAUACUGUAACUAAAGGCCUAUGAUUUCUCUGUGAUAAGACGAAAUGCUCAAUAAAAAAU